UCUCAGCAUAGGUUAAAAUUAGAACUAGACUGACAUUGCAUUGGAGUCUGAGAGUUCUAAAUGGUUUUGGUAAUACAGACAAGAUUUGUAAUUUGUCUCUGCUCUUGUCCAGAAAGCAACGAGUCACAGAAAAUCCUUGAAAACACCAAAUAAUUGAGGGUUUUAGCUCUCAUGUCACUGUCCCCAGCUGGUAACUGCGUUCCAUCAGAUUCCUGGGACUGCAUUUGAACAUGUAAAGGAUCAUGGCUGAAACUGCAGUUUGCCUUGGCACAUUCACUGCUGUGAAGACACUUUGGGAAGUGAGAAUACACAAGAUAAAUGAAGAAUUACAGAAAGAAAAGGAAUUCAGGCAGAGGUCUGCAGGAAGGCUACUGCUUGUCUGGGAGGAAAGAGCUGCUUUGGCAAAGCUCAAAGAAAGAGUUAUUAAUGAAGGUGGAAGAGCAAUUUUAAGGAUAGAGGAAGAAGAAUGGAAGACACUACCUUCGUGCUUAUUGAAACUAGUCCAUCUCCAGGAAUGGCAGCUUCAUAGAACUAGUCUGCAGAAAAUUCCUCAAUUUAUUGGAAGAUUUCAGAGUCUUGUUGUUCUGGAUCUAUCCCGGAACUCAAUUGAAAGUGUACCUAAAGAAAUUGGCCAGCUGACCAGCCUCCAAGAGCUGCUUCUCAGUUACAAUAGAAUAAAGUCUGUUCCAAAGGAAAUAAGUAACUGCAUCAGUCUGGAAAGAUUGGAACUGGCUGUCAACAGGAAUAUCUGUGAUCUUCCUCCUCAGCUCAGUGAUUUAAAGAAGCUUUCACACAUAGAUUUGUGCAUGAAUCAGUUUACUACCAUCCCUUCAGCUCUCCUCAACAUGCCACAUCUAGAAUGGUUAGAUAUGGGGGGAAAUAAACUCCAGGAGCUUCCUGAUGCAAUUGACAGAAUGGAAAAUCUCCACACUUUAUGGCUCCAAAGGAAUGAGAUAAACUCUUUGCCAGAAACCAUUUGUAAUAUGAAAAAUCUUAGUACUCUUGUUCUUAGCAACAACAAGCUUAAGGAUAUUCCAGCUUGUAUGAAGGAUAUGACAAAUCUGAGAUUUGUCAACUUCAGAGACAACCCACUGGAGCUAGAGGUAACCCUCCCUCCGUGUGAGGAUACAGAGGAGGAGGAGCAGCAGGAAAUGUUCGGCAUUGACUUCAUGCACAUGUAUAUCCAGGAGUCCCUCAAGAAAACAGGAAAUCUGGAAAGUUGUACUUCUGAUCCUCCUCCGAUCAUAAAUCCUAAUGAAUAAAGAAUGUAACUGAGAA